AUGGAGUCCAGUUUGUCUUGUUUAGUCACGAAACGGUUGGUAGUUAAAGUUUACUAGUUGCAAUGCACCCUCUGCUUUAGGUGUUUUUGUUUUAAUCUUAGUUUUGACGCUCUGCGUUUUAAUUUACGCGCUCUUUGUAAAAAGGUGGGUCAUUCCUCGCUUUAAAACAGAAACAAAAAGCUGUAAUCUUUGUUUUAAAACAACAACAAAGCUCCUUUUCCAUUAUCUUUUUGCACGCGCCUUUAAUUGGUUCUUUGGGAUUCGUUAUACAGAUUGCAAACUUUUAGCGAACUCUUUAUUCUGUGGGGAAGGGAGGACGUUAGCCCUUCCUUGAAGAAAGUGCCUGGUGCAAGUCACGGUUAUAAAGUAACACACACACACACACACACACACACACACACACACAAUACAUACACCUGGGAGAAGACAUAUAAUACUCGUUUUCAGAUAUUCUCUCUCUCUCUCCCUUUCCCAAGUUCUGAAUUUUAAGGGCUGCAUCUGCGUCGUGGAUUUGAAGCCGACUCCUAUUUAGAAUUCGAAUUCUUUUAUACACGUGACAAUUCCGCAAGCCUCCAACCAAUGCAUGCCUUCUUCUUGGAAGGAUCACCGAUUUACGCAUCUCCCCGCGUAGCUCAUGGAAGAGCAGAAAAUCGGAGAACUGCAGUACGGUCCUUUUGUAUAUUCCAGAGAUUAAAAUACCAGGGUUGUUGUUUUUUAAUUAAACUUUUUUUGGGGGAGGGUGUGUGUGCGUGCCUGUCCUUUUGCCUGCACCGGGUGCCCUUUCCACUUUCCCUCCUGCGCGUCUUUCCUCCCAGCAAAAAAAGACUCCGGGCCGACCGUGUGUGUUUCUGGGUGUGUGUUGUGUGUGUGUUUGUGUCAAACGGUCCCCAAAGCCGUCGCUUUUGUUCCCCGCACGAUCGCAGGCUUUUCUCUUCUAAAUCGUGGCUUUACAGUACUUCGAUCGACGCGUUUUUUUUGUGCUUUCCUUUUUGCUUUUGGACGGGUGGCAAGGUUGUUUUUGUAUUGUCUGGAUGCGAAGUCUGUCUGUCUGGAGACAGAGGCGGAAGGGAAACCCGCACAUUUUUCUUCCCACCCCCCCUCUCUGCCCCCCCCAUCCCCAGAUCCCGAGUCUCUCCUCCUGCUCCUCCUCAUUUAUUUAUUUCCAGGGACUUCGCUCUUUUGCAAACACCCCUGAAGGAACGAAAUCACGUGAGGCUCCCAAAAGGGGGCGGGGCUUUUUGUCCGGAGGAAAAGAGGUGGGGGGGAGGAGGGGAGGAAGAGGAGGAGGGGGGAAGGGCCAUUUUGUAGAUUUCUCCCUCCCUCCCUCUUUCUGUAGCCCGGCAGAAAGAGAGAGAGAGAGGAGAGGAGAGAGACAAGGCUGCCCAGAGAAUCUCUCUGCCUCUAUACUAUAUAUAUUUAUAUGUAUAUAUUUAAACAUUCCAGUCUGAUCAGUGUAAGUGGGGCGAAAAGGGGGGCGGCGUCGGUUCCUCCCCCCUUUGCUUCUCCUCUCUCUUUUCUCUCUCCCCAUCCGGUCUUUCGCUGCCUCGGUGCGCCCCUCUAGAAAGGACCCGGGGAUCAGGUAGGGCUGCUAUACUUUUCCCCUCCGAAAUCUGUGUGUGUGUGUGUGUGUGUGUGUGUGUCCCUUUUUUAAAAAUUAGCAUUAUUUGCUCCCGGGAACUCCCCCUCUUGCUUUCCCCUGGCGCCUUUUCCCUCCUUUCCCUUUGUCACUCCUUCUCUCUCUUUCUCCCUCUCCUCUUUUCCUUCUCUUUUCCCCCCCUCCUCACCCUGCCUGGCUUUCAAGAUGGCCGAUCUUUUCUCUCUCUCUUUCUCUCUCUCUCUCACUCUCUCUCUCGAAAUUUUGCCAGCCCUCUCCGGCUCGGAGGAGCCCGCCUUUGUUGUUGUUGUUGUGGCCGCGGGUCGCUUUUCCCCUUCCCCAAAUCGCGAAAGGGGGGUACCUCGGGAGGCUCUCCAAAAAGGUCUCCUCGGGUUCCCCCUUUGGAAAGCUCAGCUCCGCCCCCCGGGACCCCCUUUCCCUUGUGUGUGAGUGUGUGUUUGCGCGUCUGCGUCCCCCCCAUCGCAACUCAGGAAGCCGGCGGCCAGCGUGGCUCCCUUCCCCGGCCCAGGGCUGCCUCUCUUCGGCUGCUGCAGCCACCAGCUCCGGCUUCCCCGGAGAGGCCUUUACCGCUUCGCUUGUGCGUCUGGGGCGUGUGGGUAUGGUUUUUUGUGUGUGUUUGUGUGAGUGCGCAAACGGCGAUCGCGGUUUUGACAGCCAGCAUCUUGCAGGCCGCGGUGGAAAAAAGACUCUCCUCUGGUGUGGAGCUCGAGAGAUCCACUCCUUUGGAUCUCGAGAGAUCCAAAUGUCAGGCGAUCCAGGGAGCCCCAAAGAGAAAGGCGCACGCGAUGGCUCCUUCGGGCGCGCAGCAGCAGGCCCGGGUGAUUUGGAGAGGACUGGGAUUUAUAUUGGAAAAAUAAUAAUCUAUCAUUUAAAAAAAAAGGGGGGGGGGCAAGAACCACAACAUGGCGCGCAGGAUGUUGUGGAGAGCGUUGUUGGUCUCGUGUGUGUGUGUGUGUGUGUGUGUGUAUGUGUGUGUAUAAAUGGUAGGGGAAAGGGACAUAUUUCUUCUGCCUUGUGUUUCAACCAGCAAGGUGAGGACGGUGAUGGUGCUUCCUUUGGCCCCAAACCGGAGGGGGUUUAAAAGUCUGAUCUGGGGAACUCUAGAGCCAGAAAAGGGGUGUGUGUGUUUCUGUCAUUCCCCCAAAUCACAUGGGAAUAUCGUUUUGGUUUUUUUGCGGUGUGUGUGUGGGGGGGUGAGGUUCGACAACAUAGUUGUUUCCAAAUGCGGAGAGGGGGUGGGAAAGCUGAUCGGGCUGGGGCAGUUUGAGGCUGGAGACGCCAAAGCAACACUUGCUGGUAUUAUUAUUAUUAUUAUUAGCUGUCGCGAUGUUUGGCGAAUGGACGAAAUAAGGGAAGUAGAUGGGGAUUGUGUGUGUGUGUGUAAAAUAUGAAUGAGAGAACAGCUGUAGUGGAAAAGCCAUAUCACUACAUAUUUUUCACUGUGUGGCUACAUAAAUAAGAGCAGAAUCCUAUGGAUGCCUUCUAGGAACACUGCAGGGUUUAAUGGGGCGCUACGUGUGUUUAGAACAACACCCUAAACUUCCCCCAUCAACCCCCCCAUUACUGCCUUAAUUUUCUUUUUUAAAAGACACCUGGUGGUAAUUUAAUUAGCCAAUUGCUCUUGACGCCCUUGCAAAAAUAGGAUGCAAUGUCAGAACAGACAUGAGGGUGGACUUUCAGAAAAGUACCUUUUACUCUCAGUUUGUGAUGGUUCAUUCAUUUCUGCCCCACUAAGAGUGGGGGGGAGGAACCUCUCCUUGGUCACCGGAUCAAAAUCGUAUUUCCCUCCAAAAUUCUGAUUUCUUCUUUGUAAGCCCUUCAAAGAAACUUCUGGUAUGUAGCUCCAGAAUUCGAGGAAGGAAGGCGUCUCAUUGUCUUCUCUAGAGUAUAAUAAAAGCAGACACCGUGUCAGUAUUUUCUAGAGUGCAGGGAAGGAGACCUUUCUGGACCUUGCAUUCCGUAUUAGCUUCUAGAAUGCAAGGAGGAAAGGAUUGCCACCACCUCUGUAUUUUACUCCAGAAUGGAAAAGACACCGUUUUCAAUGUGGGCCUUUAGACGGAAGAAGUGACCUUCCUUCCAAGUAUUUGCCUCUUAAAUUCUGGGAAUCCGGAACGGGAAUUUAAAAAACGGGAGGUUCUAGGAUGCAAGGAAGGAGAGGGGGUCAUCCUACUUGCAGAAAUGUCCGGGGGAAAUUAAGGGUUGGAUUUCCAUUUGUCUAUUUUGCUGGAGGUUUCAUGGACAGGUUUCUGCUCCAAGCUUUUAUAUAGAACAUUCCCCUCUAGAAUUCCAAGAUAAGUUUCUGGAGAACUCGAGAUAGGGCUAAGAUCCAGAUAAAGUUCAGCACUGCUCAUUGUCUGUUAAAAAUGCUUAAUUUAUUGGUUGGACCUUUUUAAAAAUAGAGAUGCUUCUCCUCGUGCCUUGUUUCAUUUUUCUACCUUGAAAUGUCGGGAAUUACUGGCUUAAAAAUAAUAAUUAAUAAUUCCCCACCUUCAGAUGACUUGAAAGUCCUUCACGAAAGUGGUGGCAAGGGGAAUAGGAGGAGAGGCUGUUUUAUUCCUCCUUUAUUAUCUUCCUUUCCUCUGAUCUGGGACAAGGUUAUUCUCUCAAUGUCUCCUGACACCUGCCCGUCGUUCUUAACCCUAACCUUGCAGUGUAGGCCACACAAGCAGAGAGAGAAAGGCUGGUGUUCUUGCGUUUAGGCGGAGCAAAACUUGUGCGUUUUUCUAUGUUUUGCCGUUGUGUUAGCGCGACGAGGAUGGAGAGUCAAGUUCAGAUCUUAGGUUAUAGACUGGGCUUUGUCGUUGAAAAGAGGAUUCCUGCAUUGCAGGGGGUUGGACUAGAUGACCCGGGAGGGUCCCUCCCAAAGUUGCCAUUCUAUGAGAAGGAUGGAGUUAACGAUCAGUUCAAAGCGCUGUCCUGGAAGCGGAGCUUCUUCGUCUCUCUGCCGGUGGGUUUCACCCUCCAAGCGUCCCCCACCCCUGCGCAUCUCAGCUCCCAGAAGUUGCCCAGUGGUAGGGUGCCGAUAGCCCGGGGUACCCGCCUCGCUUUCUGCGCUUCCCAAGAGGUAUCUGGUUCGGCUGGGCUGGAUGGCGGGCCUUCUUUGGUCGGAUCCAACAGAGGUCUGCUCAAGUUGCCUUCCUUAUGAAGGCGCUUUGGAUGGGGGGAACGGGGCAAUGUGGGCAUCUUCUGCCUACACUUAAGAUUGCGCACCGUCGGCUGAUGGCGAAAGGGUCGCCGUUUCCCCUGCGCAGAGGCCGGGUGAAUCCUAAGCGCCUUCCUGCCCUGGCCUUUGGGCCGCGCAAGAGCGUUUCCCGCAGGAUCGCGCGCUCUUAUUCCAUGUGGUGCAGGCUGGAGCGCCCGUGGCAGCGCAAUCCUAUGCACAGCCUUACGCGGAAGUAAGUACAAAUGGGCUUACUCCCAGGCCAGAGGGACAUAAAGGAUGCCAGCCCAGGGCUCCCCUCCUUCCUCUACCCAUUGACCUGGGAGUAAGUCGCGCUGCGCACAGGGAGAUUUACUCAUGAGGAAACACUUGGCCAGGAUCGCGCUGAAAGCAGCCACCCCCUGCCCAGGAGAGAGGCGAGGGUCGGAGCUGAUUUUGGCUUGGCAUGGUGUAUUUAAAUCGGCGCCGAGACCCAGUCUUGCUGGCGAUGGGUGUGGGUGGGUGGUGGGGGUUUGUUGUGUCUCGCUGGCGGUUUGUUGAGUCUUGCUUGGAGGUUUUGUUGCAUCUUGCUGGCGGUUUGUUGUGUCUGCUUUGGAGAGCGAGUUGCCUUUUGAACCCACGUGGGAUCGAGAGAGCUGAUGGCGGCAGGGAAUCCCCUCGGGGGAGAUCGCUUAUGAGAGCGCGUGCAAUGGGGCUGGGGUGGCGCGCGUCCCCGCUGCAGAAAGGCUAGGAUUUUAGGAUCUCUUUCUCUUGCCUUCAGAAGGGAAGCAUCCGACGCAGGUAUUUGCCCUGCUCCCCGGAGGUCAAGGCCCAAUACAGGCGUAACUCCCAAGUAAAUCUCUUUCCGGAUUGCAAUUUUUUAUAGUCUCAAAUCCCACCCCAUCCUUUGAAAACAUUAUUCCACUUUGACUUGGGAUUUUUUUGGAGGUGUCUCCAAGAUCUAGCCAAAGUUAGGCGUUUUAAAACACCCCAAUGACUUCAGUGGGAGCGUAUUCCUCCUUUUUGUUUUGAAGAUUUAUACGUCGCCUUUCGAUGGAGUGAUGGCAGGUUGUAAUGCGAAGAAACGCGAGUGGCUGGGGCUGCGCAGGCUGGUGUACAUGUUCGUGGCUAAGGCAUCAACAGGGAAUACCCCAAUAGCUCUGAUUCAGGGCUAAAAGUCAUGGGUUUUGCGGAUAGGUAUUCUGUUCUAGGUUGUCAAUUGGCCUUCAGCUUGGACAACAAAUCCCAGUGCUCCAGAAAACCGGGAGGGCUUGACUGGAGAGCGCAAGCUUAGCAGUGGAUCUGGAGAUGUAACGAACACCCGGAUCUGUUUCCUUCGCCGAAUUCUAGAAGCUAAUAAAAGGAAGGGACUGUCCUUGAAUUUCUGUGUGGUGCACAGAAAGCCCGGCCUCUUCCCAACGCAGAAAUCAAUAAGAAGAUCUAGAGAAAUAGAUGGAUGCCCAGGGAUAGGGGCUGCGUCGUGCAGAGAUCCGUAGAAUCUGGAAUGGACGGGUUCUAGAGUGGAUUACUGGAUGCUAAAGAAACAUUGGGGGGGGGCGUGCAGUGUUUGCCACACUUGCCUGGUGAAAUAUUACAUGCACUCUCCCGGGGAACCUCGGAACUUGUUUCAAAGGGCCCUUCAUGGGUCCCUGAGCAUAUGGAGCAACGAAGAGUGGCUCUGAGCACAUGCAGAGUGCCCGUUAACUAUUGAGUAAUCGCUGUCCGCAGACAUCUUAGAGGAAAAUGUCUGAAACCCUGGCCAAUUUUUAAAAAACAACCCAGCAACAACUAGGCAGUGACCAGGAGGCAUUAAAUAAACCAUCUGAAAGAUCCUUUCGCUCCACCCGUCUGUUUUCUCGUUUAUUUAGGGAUCUAAGUAUUAUAUAUUUCGCAAACGGCUUGGUGUGCGAGAUGGUGAUCCUCAAAUUUCUGGAGGCUUGCCUUGGAGUUUGGGGGCUGCGGGUGAGAGUGGCAGGAGGUGUUGCCCUAAAUUUACAGAUCUGAAUCUAACCUCAGUAUAGUUCCUUAGGUUGCCCCUCCAGACUCACUUUUCCAAGAGUCGCGGCCCCGAUGAUGGGAACUGUAGUCCAAACCACCUGGAAGAGGCACCAGGUUGGUGCAAAAAUAGUAGUAACCUUGACCGGGAUUAGGGAGAAGAGUUUCCGGGCUUCGGGGAAGUCGGAGCCCCGGGGAAAAAUUUAAAAUAAAAGAAGGAUUAAAGAAAUGUGAAUGCUAACCUUUAUACUGGGGAAGAGGCCGAUGUAUUUAGGAUGCAAUUCGGUGCAUGGGUAGGACAUAUUGGAGCCGCUAAUGCGCAGCGCAGUCCUAUGCCUCUCUACUCAGAGGUAAUCCGGAGUGAGUUCAGGCACUCUUUGCAUAGGAUGGGAGCGCAACAACCCGGAUUGCAGCCAGGGCUGGUUGCAGUCUCUUGCACACUUACAUGCGGGGAAUCCCCAUUGCUGGCACCCCCCUUUUGAAAUAGACCUUCGUAGGAUCUGCUCCGCCUCCAGCGCUGCGCUGCGCUGCGCUGUUUUUCUGAAGAUCCCUCCGUUUCCUCACUUCCUGGUUGGUUGCAUCGAGCAAAACAGGCUUGCAGGCUUAGUUAGAGAAGGAGGCUGCCUCCCGCCCAUUCACCCGGGAGAAAUCCUUGCUAUUUAUUUUAUCCGAAGGUUGCCUUUCAGAGCAAAACCCCACUUUCUUUAAACUCAGGGGCACGUGCUUCGGAGCGGGGGUGCCAACCUGAAUAAAAUAUUGCGGGCGCCCAGGUAAGCCCCGCACCGCAUAAUGGAUCACAUGAUGCAAUGCACACGCACCGUUUGAAUGGGGAUGCCCAUCAACUUUGUGGGAGCUCGGCCCCCUCAGAUAUUUUCUUGUGGGGGUUGAAGUCGGCUCCUGUGCUUCGGGAUCCACAGCUGCGCGCUGUCUGGCAGCGUUUUCCGACCGAUCCUGUGCAUUUUUAAGCAAAUAAAUAAAUAAAUGCCCAAAUGGAGUCCCUUUUAAGGGUCCUGUUCCUUUAACAAUCGCAGGAAGGCACGAUCUGUCUGCAGCUUCUAGAUUCUGCAAAUGUAUUCGUUGAAUGUAUAGCUUGGCUGUGGAGCUUACCGGACCCAGAUCUGUUCAGCUUCUGCAAUGUUACAAGAUGACAAUCUUCCUAGAUGAUGUUGGAUUGCAACCAUCAUCCUUGCCCAUUGGCCGCGCUUGGUUGGGGAUGCUGAGAGCUGGGGGUCCAAUAUCUGGCGGGGUGGGGGCAGACGUUUCCAGUCCCUAGGGGUGCAAUGAUAAAGGGAACUAUCUUAAAGUAGUUCCUUUAUCAGAUGAGUUUUCGAUUCAUUGGGGUGGGGGGAGGAAGGCAAGGGGAUGCAAGGACGCCCCCCCCCGGACCACUCCAAUUAGGAGAGAUCCAGGUUUUGAGUGACCCCAGCAUUAACUGGAAAUUUAAAAUAUGAAGCAUGGUUUAUUUGUAUGUAAAGGCCGUCAUCAUAAAUAGGACCUCCUUCUCCCAAAAGAGGUGUAGAAUGGGAACAUUAGUAGCUCGAAGGGGCCUAGAGAAACUCCCUCUGCCCAUCUCUGCGCCGCCCACCCGAUCCCCAGCACCCACUAUUUUGUUUGGCGCCGCCGCUGGAUAUUUUCUCGAAGCGCUGAGUUUCGUUUUCAUAGGGAGUGGUUUUAGCAGAGUAGAGAGUGCGUCUGAGCGCGUGCAGAAGGCCUUUCCUUCCAGGGCCCGUGUAACCAGACCUUCCUUGAUCGUAGCGGAUCAAGAAUUAGGAUUGGACCCAAAACGGACGAUCUAACUUUGGGGAAUCUUGAGCACUUUUGGGGUCGGAAGGGGGUGAGGAGGGAAUCCGUUUUUUAAACGAAAAUUGACCACUGGUGACCCCAAAGGGAGGGUUCACCUUAUUUCCACACCUCCAUUCCUCCUGUCCUCUGGGGAGCAUAAAAUCUGCGAUGGUGGCCUGUUGGCAAAAAUGUAUUGGUUUUCCCAGACACACGCACCGAUUUCAUUUUUUAUUUUAUUUUUUUUGCCUGUGUAGGAUUUUGGUCUUCUUGGUUUCUAAUCCUGAGCCGUUUGCCUGUUUCAGGAGCUAAAUAAUGUAAUGCAAAAUAGGUGAACGGGGCUGCCCAGCGAUAUUUCACGUUGAAAAGUCCCUUUGAUUUCAAAGGAGAGACCUCGAUCUUCUGUAAAUCGGAAGAAAAUCCAAGUCUGUUGAAUGGGUCGUUAAGCGGAAACCUAAGCAUGCUUGCUCAGAAGUAAGCCCCACUGAGUUCAAUAGGAGUUGCUUUGCAGGCUUCCUUUGGGGGUAACAGAUAAGCAGCAAAAGCCCCUACCUGGGGGUAGGGGGAAGCCAGUAUGGUGGAGCGGUUAGUGUGCUGACCUAGGAGCCAGGAGAUCCGGGUUUCUAUCCCUAUUCGCCCAUGAAGCUCGCUGCGUGACCCUGGACCUGCCACAAUCUUUCAGUUUAACCCGAUUUACAAAGUUGCUGUGCGGAUAAAAUGGGGAGGGGGAGAACCAAGCGCCUUGCAAGAAAAGCCGGGUAUAAAUGUAAAUAAAUGUAAUAAUAAUAAUAAUGGCAAGCAUAUACUUUUCGCAUUGGAACACGAGGAAUUCCUAGAGCAGUUGUGUGCAUGUCUAUUUAAAAGUGAAGGCAGCGAGUUCAAUCGGUUACGUAUACCCUGUUAAGCCUGUACAGGAUUGCAUUUCUUAAAAGUGCAUAACUCUGGCUGAGCUGUCAGGGAAGUCCCGGCCCAGGCGAGGUUUGUGAGAAGGCGCGCCAGCUUUCAGGCUCUGCAGAGCUCUUCUUCAGGCAGUCUGUACCUGUUUCUCUCCCUUGCUGAUGCUCCUGCGCUUUCGGCAGUACUUGCGCAGGAGACAGGAGCACAUCAGGUGGAAGGAAGCUUUCUUCAUUUCCUACUCGUCCUGACAAAAUUCCUUCUCUCUAAAGCAUUUGGGGAGCGGAAGUAAAUGAACAACACGCGCUCCCUCAAAUAAGGGCGCACAACUAAGGGUUUACCACCAUGCAGUGUAACUCCUAAACCAAGGAAACGCAGGGGUGCAUCCACCCACCCAAACGUGUACAAGGGACCAUUUAAAGGAGCCCGAUUUAUUAAAUAAAUAUCCUAUGCACAUAAUUACAGUAGAACCUCUGUACUCCGGAGCCCAGUUGUGGCCAGUAGGUCAUUUUAAGCGUGCGUAAAAUUGCGUUGUUAGGAUCCGUUUUGCUGAGCGAGUGAGAUCCUGUUGAGAUCCACCCUUUGCAGGGGUAGCAGCCGAGAUCUCUCUGCCCAUUUUAUUGGGAACCAAAUCCCAUUGCCUCCUCUCCGAUGGGACUUUUCUCCCUGCCUGGGAAAGUGGGCGUGAGAUGGUUUGCAAACUGGAGUGGGUCGCGUGCGUCUCCAUCGUCCGUGAAAGGCUGGCUUGGUGACUUGAGGUCGCCUGAUUCUUAGCUAGCCAAAAGUGAAAAAGAAAAGGCCAUUUUGAUCACCGAUAAGAGAGAGAGAGAGACAGAGAAAAGUCGAUUGAUUUUAAGCUGCUCCACAGCCCAUUCAACAAAAGAAUCUUGCCAGAAAAUAAGAUGGGAAUGCGUUCUCAGGUUUACGCGUAAAAGGAUAGUUUAGCCUGAAAAGACGCUUGUUUGUUGCUCGUCUGGCUUUCUAAACGUUAAAGCAAGUUACAAGUUUCUUAAGAGACCAUUCUGCUCAGCUUCCCAUCCAACUCUUUCUCUUGCGCUGCAGCUAAAAUCUCCCCACACACCCCCUCCCGAAGUCCGGGUCGUAAAACAGCCUUGUUACUUGGAUUUCCUUUCUUUCCAAAGGGGAAAAAAUGCUUCUGAGAUCCCUUCUCAACAAAUUGUCCCCAAGAUACUGAAAUGCGAUUAGGCUGUAAAUUUCAAGGUUCCUUUGGAUACAGGUUCCCAGCCUGAUGAGCUUGUAGUUAGAAGCAAACCCCUUUAAGUUCAAUGGGGUUUGCCUCCAGGUAAGUAUGCAGAUAGGAUUUCAGCCUUUAAGCGAAAGCACCGCUGGGAGAUGUGCAAAAGCCUAAGCAAUAAUUUGGGAGGUUUUGGCUACACAUCUGUGCAAAUAUUUUUCCUGGUUCCUAAGCAAGUUGGGCGAGGGGAGGGGAACCUGAUGCUCUCAGUGACCUAAGAGGAAAACAGCAGGUUGGGGAGAAAAAGAGCAGCAAUGGAUGGAUGCCUCCCAGCCCAGGCGUGUUGAUUCACGGGUCAUUGAUAUGUCUAGCCAAAGGCUGUUUGAUCUAUCCAUCUCCAUGCUGGAAGGUCGUGUGGGCUGAAGCACAUCUGAAAACUAUACAAAACGGGAAGGCUGAGGAAAUGGGGAAGGUGGUUCAUUUUAUUUUAUUUUAUUUUAUAAUUUGCGCACCGCAGGUUGGGUGGGGAGGACGCUCUGGGCUUUUCACUUGCACUUUUGUAAAAUAUAUUCCUUUCUCAGAUUGUCUGUGCAAUCAGUUCUCUAGAAUUACCCACUCAUCCCUCAGUCUGAUAAAUUUAUUUCUUUAUGUCUGUCUCUUUUCCACAGUCCCAUUUUCCACAGAUUUUUUCUGUGUGCAAAGGAUCUGUUUGAUUAAGAUGGGAGGAUCACUUGUAGUUUAUAACCGUGUGUGUGUGUGUCUGAAGAAACAAAUUAACUUCACAUCCCAAUAAUAGACUGGGUGGGAAAUCAGCCAAGCUCCUUCUUUUUCCUCCUCUUUUGUCUGGAAUGAGAUUAGCCCUUCCUUAAGUAUUGCCUAUAUAGUCUCAUCCUUGGUCCAGGAUAUGCAGUCUUCAGCCCUGCAGAUGUUGCUGGACUCCAAUUCCCAUCAGCUCCAGCCAGCAUGGGAUGAUGGGAGUUGUAGUCCAGCAACAUCUGUGUGGAAUAACAGCGGAUACAUGUCUUAAAUGCAUUACAGUAAGCCUGCAAUUUAUGCAGGGGGUUACGUUCCAGGGAUUGCCCCUAGAGCAAACAUUGCGUAUAGUCAAAACACAUUGGGUUCAGAGGCGGGUGGGAUUGCCCAAGUCACUUUUUCAGGAAUCCCACCCCUUUUAAAAUUUUUUAUUUUGCCACACGUGCGAGUUAAAUGCACAUAAAUUGUGGGCUUACUGUAAUUGCCUGAAUGCAGGAGGAAGGUAUACCUCUGUAGAGAGGAAUGGGGAGGUUGAGAAAUGCUCAGGUUUUUUUUUGUGUGUCAGGUAGGAUCAGGUUGGUUCCAUGGUUGCGUUCCGUUAAUAAAGCUAUUUCCACUUAGCCUAGAAUUGGCUGGUGCAAUGCAGGCAGCGAUGGCGGCCAACUAGGGUGAGGAUAUCAGCCAUUCCUCUUUCUUCUGUUCCAGGGGUAGGCAACCUAAGGCCCGUGGGCCAGAUGCGGCCUAUUUGCCUUCUCGAUGCGGCCCACGGACGGUCCGGGAAUCAGUGUGUUUUUACAUGAGUAGAAAGUGUCCUUUUAUUUAAAAGGCAUCUCUGGGUUAUUUGUGGGGCCUGCCUGGUGUUUUUACAUGAGUAGAAUGUGUGCUUUUAUUUAAAAUGCAUCUCUGGGUUCUUUGUGGGGCAUAGGAAUUCGUUCAUUCCCCCCCCCCCAAAAAAAUAUAGUCUAGCCCACCACAUAGUUUGAGGGACGGUGGACCGGCCCACAGCUGAAAAAGUUUGCUGACCCCUGCUGUAUUCCCUUGGUCCAUCUUCCUUAACUCAGUUAGUUGCACUGUUAGGUAAUGCUAGACUUCUGGAUUUAAAGGUCUUGUGGGCCACAGCUCGUCUUUAGAUGAGCGUUGCUCUAAUUUCACUUCCUGCAAAAUGUGAUAAGCCAGCCCUGCUGCGUUGUUUGGUUUUCUUUGGUGGGGAGGUCCUGCUUCUCUUUCCUCUGAGUGGGGCCUUGCACCUCUGUCACAAAGUCUUAUCUUGAUUGGCACCGUUGAGCCUAACUUCUCCAGCUCAGGAGAUAGUUAAAUGUAAAGGUAAAGGGACCCCUGACCAUUAGGACCAGUUGUGACCGACUCUGGGGUUGCGGCGCUCAUUCCGCUUUAUUGGCCGAGGGAGCCGGCGUACAGCUUCCGGGUCAUGUGGCCAGCAUGACUAAGCCGCAUCUGGCGAACCAGAGCAGCGCACAGAAACACCGUUUACCUUCCCGUUGGAGUGGUACCUAUUUAUCUUUCACUGGUGUGCCUUCAAACUGCUAGGUUGGCAGGAGCAGGGACCGAGCAACAGGAGCUCACCCCGUCAUGGGGAUUCGAACCGCCGACCUUCUGAUUGGCAAGUCCUAGGCUCUGUGGUUUAACCCACAGCGCCACCCACCUCCCCAGGAGAUAGUAAGUAGCUCAAAUUAAAAUAUUCAACUGAAGCAGGUCAGGUUGGUGAAGUAUGCAAGUCUCCUGGUUUCUCAGUGCUCCUUAAGUGGUUCUUUAUGGUACAGUUUUGAAGGAGAGAGUCUUGGAUUAGGGGUUGUGAGACCACUUCCAUGCUCAAUCGUGAAGGUCACAGGGUGACCUUGGCUCCCCCUCUAUCUCAUCUAAUCUAUUGUGAGGAUAAUAUGCGUGGAGGGAGACACCAUGUCCAUUGGCCCUUAGCUCAUUAGUUUUAUAUAGUUUUUAUUUUAUUUUACAGAUAUAAACUUAUAGCAAAAUCAAUUAAAGGUAAAGGGACCCCUGACCAUUAGGUCCAGUCGUGGCCGACUCUGGGGUGCGGCGCUCAUCUCGCUUUAUUGGCCAAGGAAGCCGGCGUACAGCUUCCGGGUCAUGUGGCAAGCUAAGCCGCUUCUGGUGAACCAGAGCAGCGAACGGAAAUGCCGUUUACCUUCCCGCCAGAGCGGUACCUAUUUAUCUACUUGCACUUUGAUGUGCUUUCGAACUGCUACAAAUCUAUAUAAAGAGAUUACUCCUGAAUCUCACAACUUCCCCCCAUGGGUCCUAAUGUCAACAUUUACAAUUGCAUAUCAAUUCAUUAUCCACAUUUUCUUAACCAUCUGAAUUAUCCAUAGUUGUCGUUACCUUACAAGUGAGGUUAAAAUCCUGCCAAUGUUUUCAUCUGCUUACAAUGGUCUCCUAAAUAAAUUAUAAAUUUUUCCCAUUCUUUUUUAAAGUUCUUGUCCUUUUGGUUCCUGAGCCUUCCAGUUAAUUUUGCCAUUUCGGCAUAGUCUGUCAACUUGGUUUGCCAUUCUUCCCUGGUUGGAAGGGUUCCUUCUUUCCAUCUCUGGGCUAGUAACAUCCGUGCGGCUGUUGUCAAAUGCAUAAAUAUUCUUUUCUGAACCUUUGGAAUCUCGGUACCUAUAAUUUUUUUUUAAAAAAAGCUUCUGGUUUUUUAACAAACAUUAUUUUAAACUCCCCCCCCCCCAUAUUUCAUUAUAUAUCAUCUUCCAUAAAGUUUUUAUUACCUCAUACGACCACCACAUAUGAUAAAAGGUACCUUCUUUUUCUUUACAUUUCCAGCAGGUAUUUGUGCUUGUUCUGUACAUUUUUGCUAACUUACUAGGUGUCAAAUACCACCGGUACAUCAUUUUCAUAUAAUUUUCUUUCACCGUACAACGUGCUGUAAAUUUCUGUAACUUCUCCCAAUCUGCCAUAAAAUUAAUAAAUAAUACGUUAACUGAAAGAUAUAUAAUGCUAGCUGGAUUGUAAAAGACUGGGGUGAGGAGAUCCCAUUGGUGGAAACGGGCUAUUUUGCAGAGCUGCCAUCAAAUGGGAGAUAGCUAAUAAAAGGGCAUGGUGCCAUACAAAGAGAAAACGUUUGUGAAAAGAAAAGACCAGAUGGGUGUCACUGGAGUAGAGUUGAAAGACUUCUCUUCCAAAACCCACUAGUAUCUGCUAAUUAAUUAUCUUUCAAAGAGGCUUUCACAGAAAUUAAUUUCUUUUACAGGAUUAAUCUGUAAAAAGGGCUGUUGAUUGAUUAAAAGAUUUUCAGUUGACUUAUCUCCUGGCUUCCCAUUAAUUCAUUUAAAGGAAGAAGCAUAUUGCAAAAGUCUUGAUAGGUUUUUUCCUGAGGAGACCUGUAGUGUUUCUCUGAAGUGUGAGAGGGAUUGAUAAUGCUGUAAAUAAGCCACUAUUUAUUGCUAGAUGGAAAGACCGUAUUUAAUAUUUUCAAAAGAAGCUAAAGGGUUUGAACAAUUUCCCUCCCCUUCAGAAUAUUUUUACUGGUUUUUCUCAUUUAUCUAAAAUCUGAACGAUUUAAAUCUCCGCAAAUAAACUUGUAAUUGCUUUGUUCUGCCAGUUAAAGUUUGCAGCGCUACAGAGAGAGGUACUGGGACACUAGACUUUGUGGAAAUCCAAUUCCUCUUGCUAAAGAAGUUGUGUUCUUUAAUUCCAGAUAUGUGAGCUGUCACACCAGUGAUGAAUAGUGUAGGGAAUUCAUUCUGCUUAUGUUAAAAGAUGUGUUUGUCUAUCAAAUUGUAUUUGAAAUGUUGGCACGGGGAACAAAUUCUAGGAGAAACCUCAGCUCAAACUGAUUCUGAUUCAACAUAUGGGGGCAAUGCUAUGGCAAGAUCCGGACUUAGCCAGGCUCAACCAGGGUUAUCGUAAGUCUCCAACCUUGGAACACCCAAAGAUACAGUGGCAUUGCUGGCUGAUUUAAAUCUCAAAAAGGGUGGUGGUGGAGACAGGGACAAGAGAGGGAGAAUUUAGGCUGGCUCCUAAACCCAUUCACCUUGGUUGCAUGAUCUGGCCACACAAACCCAUUUUAAAGUCUUGUUUUCCCUCUGCCAGGGUUUAGCAGAACAGCAGCCUGACUGCUGAAGUUUGGAUCUGGCUUAACUUUAGACUGCCUUAACUUCCAUGGUCUUUCUUUACACUAGCUUCUUGUACAUAGGAUUUUACUGUAGAUGUACCUAACAAAGGAGGCGUUGGGGCUUCAAACCGAAAGGAAACAUUAUUCAAAGAGCUUUGUUUUGAUUUGAUUUUUCUGCGGGGAGCAGAAACUGAUGUAAUUUUUACUAGGGUGAAAAAGCUGAUUGAGGGAGUUAAUUAACAUAGGGAAAGUCUCAUAGACUAGAAGUUACGUCAUGCACCGUAUUUUUCGCUCCAUAAGACGCACCAGACCAUAAGACGCACCUAGUUUUUGGAGGAGGAAAACAAGGAAAAAAAUAUUCUGAAUCUCAGAAGCCAGAACAACAAGAGGGAUCGCUGCGCAGCGAAAGCAGCGAUCCCUCUUGCUGUUCUGGCUUCUGGGAUAGCUGCGCAGCUUGCAUUCGCUCCAUAAGACGCACACACAUUUCCCCUUACUUUUUAGGAGGGAAAAAGUGAGUCUUAUAGAGCAAAAAAUACAGUAUGUAUCAUGUGGGUUUGUAGCAUAUAUGUAUGUAUAUGUGAUGCGUAAUUAAUGUUACUUGUUGGGUGUCCUUAGAGAGAGAAACAGAUCUUUCCAUGUAGCAUGAAUGAGGUCUUGAUUUGUAGCAUGAGGAUUUUAUUAAAACUAGCUUGCACUGGCAGGCUGGCUGGCUGGCUUCUUUCCAGCGUUUAAUUUCCAUUUAAGAAAUAAAAGAGCGGUGCUCAGGCAACAUGCUCUUAAGCCCCGACCCCUAAAUCCAGAUGUGUGAGGGCUGAGAAAAAACAGUCUUCACAUGCAAACCUCCUUCUCCCAUGUAUUGGGAGAAAGAGCCCCCCCCCAACAAUAAAAGGACUCGAGAGACAAUGGAGUGCGCCUCAGGGGGUGAAGUCAAACCGCUGCAAAGUGACCUCCCCAGGGCACAAGCCUGGGCAGUGUGUAUGGAGGUCCUGGGUUGCCCAGACGACAAGACUUCUCGUCUUCGCAUGCAGGGCAAAUCUAACUCAUCAAGGGUUUUUGGACCCAUUGGCUACCCUCACCUGGUUUAGCCGGCCAGUCGAAGCCAUUCCCUGGGUGCGGCUGCUGUUGCAUGCUAAAUAAUAAUAACAAUAAUAAUAAUAAUAAUAAUAAUUAUUUAUUAUUUAUACCCCGCCCAUCUGGCUGGGUUUCCCCAGCCGCUCUGGGUGGCUGGAUUUCCCCAGCCGCUCUGGGUGGCUUCCAACAAAAUAUUAAAAUACAAUUGUCUAUUAAACAUUAAAAGCUUCCCUAAACAGGGCUGCCUUCAGAUGUCUUCUAAAAGUCUGAUAGAGUGGUACCUCGGGUUACAGAUGCUUUAGGUUACAGACGCUUCAGGUUACAGACUCCGCUAACCCAGAAAUAGUACCAUCCUUUGCUUCAGGAUGAGAACAGAAAUUGUGCUCCGUGGCAGCAGUGGGAGGCCCCAUUAGCUAAAGUGAUGCUUCAGGUUAAGAACAGUUUCAGGUUAAGAACGGACCUCCGGAACGAAUUAAGUACUUAACCCGAGGUACCACUGUAGUUGUUUUUCUCUUUGACGUCUGACGGGAAGGCGUUUUGCAGGGCGGGUGCCACUACUGAGAAGGCCCUCUGCCUGGUUCCCUGUAACUUCACUUCUCGUAGUGAGGGAACCGCCAGAAGGCCCUCGGAGCUGGACCUCAGUGUCUGGGCAGAAUGAUGGGGGUGGAGACGCUCCUUCAGGUAUACUGGGCCGAGGCCGUUUAAGGUUUUCAAGGUCAGCACCAACACUUUGAAUUGUGCUUGGAAACGUACUGGCAGCUCCCAGGAGCCAGAGAUGAGAGCCACAGGUGAGAGCACAGGUGAGAGAGAGUGGGGUGGACAAACUACCCUCAGAGGAGCACAAUAUGUCUUUCACUAUACUAUCUCUGCCCUAACACCUCAUAUAUCCCCAUAGAAGUUCUGAGCCUAGUAAGCUGGAUAGCUCAAUUGGUUAGAGCAGGGGUCAGCAAACUUUCUCAGCAGGGGGCUGGUCCACUGUCCCUCAGAACUUGUGGGGGGCUGGGCUAUAUAUUUAUUUUUUUUGGGGGGAGGAACGAAUUCCUAUGCCCCACAAAUAACCCAGAGAUGCAUUUUAAAUAAAAGCACACAUUCUACUCAUGUAAAAACACGCUGAUUCCCGGACUGUCUGUGGGCCGGAUUUAGAAGGCAAUUGAGCCAGAUCUGGCCCCUGGGCCUUAGUUUGCCUACUCGUUAGAGCAUGGUGCUGAUAAUGCCAAGGUUGCAGGUUUGAUCUCCGUAAGGGACAGCUGCAUUUCCCUUCAUUGCAGGGGGUGAUUCUCAGGGUCCCUUCCAACAAUGCAAUUCUAUGUUCAGGGCUCACUUUGAAGCCCUUUCCUCUGAAUUUGAGAUAAUGGGGAGCUAGUUAUGAUAAUCAAGAGUGGCAUUCUGUACAUGUUCAGGUACAUUUUUUUCUUUUAAGUGCAUCUGUUGCAAUUGCAUGUUCUUUGUCACAAUUCCAGCGUGUCAACGGUUCCGAGAACUGAUGGGCUUUUACUAAAACUCUUUGCAGUAAACCGGACCGCCCCUUCUCAGUUUCCUUGCCUGCUCCCUUUGACAGCAUUUGCAGAUGGAAGGAGCGAAUUUCUUGCCGUGAAGGAGGAGAGGAGGGGGGCGGCCAGGAAGAGAAUAGAUUGCAAAAGCAGACCUCUCCCAGAAAAUAAAAAUGAGGAGGGAGGGAAGGGGAAAGACACACAAUCUGGAGAAUAGGGGGGUUCCCAAGGGUACCAGAUAGGGGAAUUGCGUUUCAGGACCACAAAGAUGCAAUGUAAUCGGCUGGAUUUCUCUCCGGUGCUGGCAUCCUGCCAUCUGGAGCAGCCAUGUAACUAUAGAAACUGGCUCUCUGCCUUACACCAAUCAGGAAAUGUAACAUCACCUGAGAAUGCAAUGGAGAGAACCACUUUGUUGAUGCUGUGAAGGGAGGAAGCCAGCCCGCCAUUCCUUCUUUGCUGUUCCUAUUAAGUGAAAUUAGGGGAAAGCUGGGGGGUAGGGAGAAAAUUGUGAAGCGGGGAGGGGAAGAGCUCAUGGGCGAGGUGGGGUGUCUAUGUCCCCCAAGGAAAUUGCGGAAUGGAAAAUGUGUGUGUGGCAAAUAACAUUUAGGGGGUUAGGAGCAGGAGAAGCAGUAGAGUUGGAAGGGAACCCAAGGGUCAUCUAGUCCAACCCUCUGCAAUGCAGAAAUCUUCUGUCCCAUGCGGGGCUCAAACCCAAGACCCUGAUAUUAGGAGUCUGCCGACUGAGCUAUCGCAGCUUCUGGUCUUUGGGACCUGUAUGUUCGUGGCUGAUAGGUUCCCAUGAAACGAUGGGUGGUAUUCAACUAUGUUUCCAUCAGAGUAAAGGUAAAGGUAAAGGGACCCCUGACCAUUAGGUCCAGUCGUGGCCGACUCUGGGGUUGCGGCACUCAUCUCGCUUUACUGGCCGAGGGAGCCAGCGUACAGCUUCCGGGUCAUGUGGCCAGCAUGACUAAGCCGCUUCUGGAGAACCAGAGCAGCGCACGGAAAUGCCGUUUACCUUCCCGCUGGAGCGGUACCUAUUUAUCUACUUGCACUUUGAUGUGCUUUCAAACUGCUAGGUUGGAAGGAGCAGGGAUCGAGCAACGGGAGCUCACCCCAUUGUGGGGAUUCGAACCGCUGACCUUCUGAUUGGCAAGUCCUAGGCUCAGUGGUUUAACCCACAGCGCCACCCGUGUCCCAUUCCAUCAGAGUAGACCCAUUGAAAUUAAUGGACAAAAUGAAUUCGCGUGGAACUACUCUGAUCAAAACUUAAGUCUGAAUACCACCCUCUGAAAGGAAGAUGGGUUUGUGAUUUAUUAUUAUUUUUUCAAAAAAAAAUCAUUGGCUGUGUGUCUCUCUUUCUUUGUUUCCCCUCCAACCCUUCAAGUUAAGCUAUUUUUUUGUGCUUGUUAUUUUUUUAAAAAAAUAAUAAUUUUAAAGCUAGACAUUGGAGGGAAAAGAGGGAUGAAAGCAUGUGUGCUUGUAGCAUAGGGCAGAGGGCCUUCUUGGUAGUGGCGCCCACCUUGUUUAAUGCCCUCCCAUCAAAUGUCAAGGAGAUAAACAACUAUAUGACUUUUAGAAUAUAUCUGAAGGCAGCCCUGUUUAGGGAAGUUUUUAAUGCUUGAUGUUUUAUCGUGUUUUUUAAUAUUCUGUGGGGAGCCGCCCAGAGUGGCUGGGGAAACCCAGCCAGAUAAGCAGGGUAAAAUAAUAAAUUAUUAUUAUUAUUACUCCUUUUAAACCUGGGAAUGCACGUGGCAGUGGUGGAAAUAAGUGUGCCUAUAUUGUGUUUUGCAGACUUGUCACAAAACCCCUCACUCCCUGCUUUUGGGCAGUUCUUAUAUUAUAGGGAGGGUACGGAGGGGGACUCUCUGCCCUUUAUGGCCCCUUAAUUUCUUUUUUUUAAAAGUUACAUGGGAACUGUAGUUUAGAUAAACUAUGGGGUAGGAGUCAGAAAGUGGGGUCUGUGGGUUUCUGUAAGGGACCCCUACCUCUCCCUUUACAAUUCAAGCACCAGGUUUACUUUCGCCCGUGGUUUGCUGCUUGUUUUUGGUAAUCGUUUUUAUGUUUUUGACCAUUCAUGAGAGCCCAGUAUGGGGAUUUAACUUCAGUUGAUCUGAAAUUUGUUACCAAGAACACUUUUUUUUAAGAAAAACAACACACACACACACACACACACAAAGAGAGAGAGUUCCUUUGCCCUCUCUUUGUCAUGAAAGUUAAUGUCUCUUUAUAAACUCUAUUUCCAAUGGUUGUGGGAUUUUGCUAAUUCUUGUCCACCCCCCAACCUAUGGCUUACUCUGAAGAAGACAACGGCAGCUUUCUUAACAUGGCUCUUAUUUUCCCAAGGCAGGCAUGUCCAAAGUUCAUUUUGGCCAGUCGGUUUAAUCCGGCCCUUGUGGCAGUUUAUUUCCUGGGGUAAAAUCCUUAAAAAACCUCAACAACUUUGAUUCUAAAAAAAGCUUAACAACUUUGGUUGGCCCUUAGGUCGGCCCUCACGGCCCUUCACUUCAUCAAAUCUGGCCCUCUUUGUAAAAAGUUUAGGGAAAAGGAUAAAUAAGGGUGCAGGAAACCCUUAUUGUACUUGUAAUGUUUUAAUGUACUUUUAAUUUUUUUGCUGGAAGCCGCCCAGAGUGCCUGGGGAAACCUAGCCAGAUAGGCAGGGUAUAAACAAUAAAUAAUAAUAAUAAUAAUUAUUUAGAAUUAUAAUAAUUAUAAUAAUAAUUAUUUAGAAUUAUUUAGAAAUUUACAAUUUCUUCCUUCAUUUUGUGGCGGACUUUGAGCACAGGCCCAUGCAGGACCAGCCCUAACAGGGAACACCCUGGGCAGAUGCCAUGCAUGGAAUGUGUGGGUGCCAUCUUGUUCCUCACCUCAGGUAGCAAAAUGUCUCAGGCUGACUUUGGGCCCAUGGCGCAAAUGUACAUUAAAUGUACAUAUACCAAUUUAUGUUUACGGAAACAAAUUUAGACCAGGUUUUGGAAGGAAAGCUGUCCUGUGAGAAAAGUUUUUUUUUUUUUAAUGUAAAGGGGAAAAAACCCAAAAAAGGUGGAAGGGCAAGAGAUCCAGUUGGAAAAGACCCUUUGAGGAACUUCUUUAAGAAGCGGAAGGGACUGCCAUGGAACCAGUGACGAUAUCUCUUAGAUUUAGGCUCCGGGAGGGGGAAAGGAUGGCAAAUUCUCUUGCACUUUUUCUUAGGUUCUCCACACAAAGUGAAAAUGUGGCACAUACUAAGUUUCCCCACCCUCUGGAAGCUGCAAGGGGCAAUUUAAUAGCUAAGUGAAUGACAAUAGCAAGUGAAUGGCAAGUAAAAGGCACAUAAAGAGAUUCUCCCAGUGGUGUCCUCUGUGUGCCCCUAGAAAAUUGCGGUGGGGCAAAUGAGGUUGGGGGCGAUGAGUAAAUAAAAAUGGAAGCGAUAUGUGUAUCAUAAUGAAUCAAAGCAAAACGCGUGUAUGAGAGAGACUCAAAACAUCCUUUCCUUUCCUCACCUCUCUCCCCUAAAUUAGCAUGUGCGCCUAUGUUUGUGGCAAUGCUGGCUUGUUGGCGGUUUAAAGAAUCCCAAAACUUGGCCUAGCAGGAGUGGUGUGGAGAGGAAGCUUUUUUUUAACAAGCUGGUUUCCUUGAUGAAACCUGAGACGGUCGCCUUCAUCGAAUUUCAUAUCCAGACCUUUUGCUGUUGAAACCGACAGAGCGAGCAAAAUAAUUGCUCCCCCAUCUGUUAGGGCUGCUUAUCCCUUAUUCAGCUUUCCUUUCUCUUAUGCCUCUCAGGUAUAGGGAGAAAAGGUUGACUUCUGUCCUGAGCAGUUUUUGCUUUUCAUCAGCAGACCUGAAAAUAUUUUUUAAAGCAAUAUGAGAAUGGUGCGCCCCUUUUGCAAAGAGCUGGGCUCUGAGGAAUCUGUGACCCUCCAGAUAUUUCUGGAUUAUGCCUGGGCCUGACGAUUGUUAGAGACUAGCAAACAUCUGGAAGCCCAAAAGCCUUGAAAUGAAAUAGGGCUUCACUUCUGCCACCAUUGCUGAUGUAAAAUUCAACUAGUUAUCUGGAUGAUUUCCAUAACAUGGAUCUGAGGGGGCAUUUUAUCCUUUGUUUUGGGUGGUGGUAGGGAUCGUCCUGGCCCAGAAACAAUGUGGGUUUCAAACCAAUUUGCAAACGCCAUGCCGGUGUGGCAUUUCUUUCUUUUUUUUCCAUUGCUUGCUUUCCCCAUCUUCCUCCUCCUUCCUUCCCCUCUUUUUUUCCCACCUCCACCUUGGGUAGUUGCAAUAAUAAUCUGGCUUCUUGCCAAGUAUAGGCGUUACUAUGGAAACAGAAAAGCUGCCUCGGGGUUGUGGCUUCUAAUGUCUCCUAUUGUAUAUAUUCAGCCCUAUAUAGUAGAGAGGAAAAGAGGGAGAACUAUAAUCACAGGAUUCCCCCCCCUUCCUUUAAACCCUUCCUACAUUUCAUUGUAUAAAACGAGGCUGCAUUUCCUAGAAGAAACGGGGGGGGGGGGGGGAGAAAAGGCCUAUUUCCCUUUCCCCCAUCCUUGAAAACACCCGACAUGCCACUAAAUUUCUUCAUCAGCCACAAAGGAGAAAACAACUUAUUUUCUUCUUUGCAUUUUAAUAUCGAGAGGGAUGCUUUCGAAAAUGUUUCGACACCCCUGUUAUUUCCCCCUUCCCCAUUUUAAACUGGAGGCCUUGAUCCACAGAAGCUGUGGGUCCCCAUUGAUGUGGUGUUGUUGUUGUUUUGCAGAAAUAGCGCCUAUUUGUGGCGCAUGAAGGGGUCCCCAAUACGAGUGGGGGGGUGUCACCCGUGAAGUUAUUAUUAAGGUGCCUGCCAUGGCAAGGUGCCGUAGAAAGGUUAUGGCAGAAGGGGAGGCAGACCCUACCCGGAAGCUUAAAUGUUAAUCUGGUAAGGCUACAUAAGCCUUAUGGGGCCCUUUCCUCCCUGCCCCCCUGAAGCAGACUCUGUUCAGGGGAUCUGCAAGCCUUAUUUGUUUCUGUACAAUUAUUCCGUUAUGUCGUGUUGACUGGGCCCAGGGAUGGCCCAAAACAGUUGGCUGCCUGAGGCAAAGGACAAUAUGAUGCCCUCUGCCCCCCCAUUUCACAUAGAGAAGCCAGUUGAAUAUUUCCUCAAUACGGAUGAGGGGGCAGGAGGCUUGUUUAGGAUGGGCAAUAUAGCCUGGGGGGCACAAACAGCCCUGUCCUCCAGCAGAGGGGAACAGCCUAGGGUAGGGGCUGAGAAGAACAGCCGCAGUUCUGCUGUCGCCCCCCAGGACUUGACGCCCGAGGCAGUUGCCUUACUCUGACUAAUGAGAGGACUGGCUCUAGGGUUCUGUAUAAUUACUUUCAGACUUGCCAUAGGGUUUUGUUUUAGUCAGUAUGGGGGGGAAAACCAACUCUCUUUUUCAAAUACAUUUUUAAAAAAGAUAGGAAGAAUAUGAAGAGAAGUACGGCAGAAGAACAAACAAAAUGGCAGACCUGGGGUGGGAUAUAAACUGUGUUUAUGGAAGGCAAUCUUACUCGGCUACGAGUGAUCGCCAAAGGAGAAUGUAUCAGUCUGAAUCUGGGGAGCAAUGGAAGGCUAUGUGAUUGUUACUGUGCCCGACAGCCAAAUUUACCAAAUGGCCCAACUUUAAGCCAUCCUCUGUUCAAUAUGGGACGUGUGUGGUGUUAUGGUCUAAACCAUUGAGCCUCUUGGGCUUGCCAAUUGGAAGGUCGGCGGUUCGAAUCCCCGCGACGGGGUGAGCUCCCAUUGCUCUGUCCCAGCUCCUGUCAACCUAGCAGUUCGAAAGCACGCCAGUGCAAGUAGAUAAACAGGCACCACUGAGGUGGGAAGGUAAACGAUGUUUCCUUGCGCUCUGGUUUCCGUCACAGUGUUCUGUUGCACCAGAAGUGGUUUAGUCAUGCUGGCCACUGGACCCGGAAAGCUGUCUGUGGACAAAUGCCAGCUCCCUCGGCCUGAAAGCAAGAUGAGCGCCGCAACCCCAGAGUCACCUUAGACUGGACUUAACCGUUCAGGGUUCUUUUACUGUUACCAUAUGCGGAUGUGGGAAAGAAACACAGCACACAAUCUGAAGUUGCAGCCACAGCAUCUGGCAACGUUGCAGGGUCUUCUGGGGGUGGGGUGCACUUUUUUGCCCUUAUGGAUGCGGAGGUGGUCUUUGAAAAGGUGUGGCACAAGAGCUGGUUGCAUAUCAGCAGUGAGCUAGUGCCCUUGGGUUAAUGUUAAUGGAGCACCAAAAAUCCAUCAAGGGUGGAUUUUUCAUCCCUAUUCAGUUUAGCUAGUGAUCAACGCUCUAGAAAAAGCAUCUCCUUGUUUUCAAAAUUGUGCCAGAUCAGCUUUAGAAUAAGUAUUUUAUGAUACUCUUCAUCUGGUACCUCAAUGAUGCAUUGGAGUCAGGGAGAGAGGCUCCCCUAGUCACGCAAAUGCUUACAAAAGUUAAUUUAACUUGGUGUCACCUAGACUACCCCUUCCCCAUGCCAGUGGAUCUGCCAAACUACUUUCCUAGCAGGAGAUAUUACUUAGCCUGAACACGUGUGGGGCUUGCAAUUGGUGUAUGUUUGCAGUCUGCUACAGAAUAAUGUCCAAAAAGUCAAAAUUCUGUUAGAUUAUAUAAUCUGUGCAUUGCAUUUUUUAUUUUAUGGAUUUAUUUAGAUUCCUUGGGCUUCCUUUUUUGGAAGAAAAGGUAGGGUUUUAAAAAUAAUUUUCUAUGACACCAUUUUUUGUAUUGGUCCUCUGGGAAUUGAAAAACCUCAGUGAGUAAUGUGGUUUGCAUGCCCCCCAGCUCUGGGGACUGCAAGGACUACUAUAUCCCAUCCCUAUUGUAUCUGAUGGCACUACUCAAGAUACAAUAUGGAAAGAGCUUGUUCGUUCCCCAGAUGAUUUGCAGUCUGCAUUUUAUAGGCAAGUAUACCGAGAUCCAUGUACAGCACUAUGCAUACAGGUGUACAGAAGAUAGCAUCCCAAGUCAAGAUUGAAAAAAACCCCUCCUUUCACUUUUUCACUUCAGGGCGUGGUAUUGCUCUGAAAGUGUAUGAGCAAUAUCGGGUGAGGUCUCCAAAAACCAGAGAGCGAGGAACUGAGCAAGCUUUUUCUGUGGUCUGGGUUUCAGUGACUCUGUCUUUUAUGUGCAGAAUUCUUUAUUAUUCUUCAGAGGCAGCUUAAUAAAUGAUGCAACCUGAAUAACCUGUAUAGAGCACAAAUAUAUAUAUAUAUAUAUAUAUAUAUAUAUAUAUAUAUAUGCGCAUUAAAAAAAGCACAGUUGAUACCCAUCACUGCCCCUAGGAGAACUUCAAAGCACACAGUUUCUGGCAGCCUGCUCUGAUACCCUGGUUUGAAAUAUUUGGCUAUUGCCACAGAUUUUCAGCAUGACUGAGGUUGUCUUACUUACCCCGGGUCUUUUCCCCCCUUCUUCUUCCAGAGAGGAUCUGCUGAGCUUCUCAGGAUCCAAAAUGCACAGGACCACCAGGAUAAAAAUCACAGAGCUGAACCCUCACUUGAUGUGCGCUUUGUGCGGAGGCUACUUCAUCGAUGCCACAACCAUUGUGGAAUGCUUACACUCUUGUAAGUUUUAAAACCAUAUCUGGAAACUCCUGAGGAUUAAUGGGAUACGUGCCUCAUCCCUGGGCUCUCUUUUCAGCUGUUGAAAUAUGCAGAACAAUAAUCACCCCCCUUUGAGCAUAUGAAAAGGGCAUUUUCCUCACUAUCGACUGGGUGGCAUCCCAUGCUUCCCCCCUUGGCCGCCUCUGCCACCAGGGCCUUUCCCUCCCAAAAGUCCAGGCAGUGGCAAGACACAGGCAUUACCUGAGACCAUCAAGUGCUGGAAUUUUGGCACUCCAUGUGGCUUACUAAGUUCUAUCAGUCUUAUGAGGCUUUGCCUCAUGGUAGGGCCGGCCAUGGCUGUUGUCCGCUGUGUUGUAAAUCUUCCGCUGUGGUGACUUUGUCCUCCCACCCCUGUUGCCUUCUUUCCUUUACAGUCUGCAAAACCUGCAUCGUCCGUUACCUGGAGACGAACAAAUACUGCCCGAUGUGUGAUGUCCAAGUGCAUAAAACAAGGCCACUCCUCAGCAUCAGGUAUGUCAUAUUCAUUUAUAUGUCAGCUGGGGCGGUUAUCUGUAUCAGACAAGUAGCCGAGCAACGUGCUCAUGUAACCUUGAAAAUAUUGGAGCGGGGGGAGGGGCAAGGUCCCUUGACUCUCCCUAUCUGGCACCCCUGCAGCCAAGGAUGGGUUCAUAUACAUGGAAGCAGCAUGUAGCGGCUAGAGCAGGGGUCAGCAACCUUUUUCAGCCAUGGACCGGUCCACCAUCCCUCAGACCACGUGGUGGUCUGGACUAUAUUUUGAAAAAAAAUAAAUAAAAAAUGAACGAAUUCCUAUGCCCCACAAAUAACCCAGAGAUGCAUUUUAAAUAAAAGGGCACAUUCUACUCAUGUAAAAACACCAGGCAGGCCCCACAAAUAACCCAGAUGCAUUUUAAAUAAAAGCACACAUUCUACUCAUGUAAAAACACCAGGCAGGCCCCACAAAUAACCCAGAGAUGCAUUUUAAAUAAAAGGGCACAUUCUGAUCAUGUAAAAAUAUGCUGAUUCCCGGACCGUCCGCGGGCUGGAUUGAGAAGGCGAUUGGGCCGCAUCUGGCCCCCGGGCCGUAGGUUGCCUACCCCUGGGCUAGAGCUUGCCCUGUAAUGUCUGUAACUGUGGAGAGGUUGUCACUUAGACCCAAAGAGACUUGCACAGAGCUAGGCAAAACCUGACGGUUGGCUUGAACCGCAGGUGAGGACAAAGGCAGGUCACCUGCUGUUAUUGGGACAUGUGAUUGACAGGUGGGUAGCCCAACCUACCUAUCAAAUUUGGCAUGCAGGAAGCUGUUGGACUGUGCUGAAAUGGCAAAACUGACCGGAAAGCUCAGGAACCAAGUAGAUCAAAACUUUAAUAAGAAAUGGGAAAAAUUUAUAACUUAUCUAGGAGACCACUGUAAGCAGAUGAAAACAUUAGCCGGAUUCUAAUAACACUUGUAAUGUAGCAAUACUAUGGACAAUAUGGAGAGAUAUAAAAUAUGGAUUAUGAAAUAAUAUGCAGUUGAGAAGGUGUAUAAUAGGACCCGUGGAGGGGAAGGUGGGAAGUCCAGAGAUUCGGAGAAAUCUCUAGAUAUGGUUCUGCAGUUUGGAUUGUUAUAAUUCUACAUUUGUAAAAUCAAAUAAAAAUUAUUAUUAUUAUUUUUUAAAUUGGCAUGCAGGAUGUGAGGGAGUUAAGAGUCCAGCCUGCUGGCAAGAUCCAGUUCCUUCCCAGCGAACCCACAGCACACCCUGUCUUAUUAGGAUUCAGCCUCAGUUUUUUGGCCCCCACCCAGCCUGUCACUGCUUUCAGGCACUGAUCCAAUACAUGCACAGCCUAACGUGGCUGUGUUUCUCUAUCGGGCGACAAAUGGCUGCAUUUCUGUAUGGCAAAGCUGCACUGCUAAUUAAUGGGCUCUGAUAAUGUCUUUGGACCACAGUCUUUGGACCACAGAUGAGCAAGCUAUUGAAGAAGCUCUAAGAACUAUUAAAUCCGAGUAUGAUUGUGGUUUAUGAUGUAUCGAUCCAUUUGUCUUGGAGCUCUUGCAUUAACCUCCUGCCCGAGGCAUGCACGCGUCACGCUUUUCCCAAUUCUGCGUCAAUUUAAACCUGCUGUGUGUCGCGGAGAGCCUGCCUCUAUGCAAGAUUAAAAUGCAGAAUAUUUGCACACGUUCAUGGAUUUUGCACAAUUUAUUCAGCUUUAGCAAGUUGGAAAGAGAGUCAAUGGGGUAAGCAGAGCACUGAGACCCACCCCCAUCACCAACUCUCCUGCCUUUGUGGCUUUGCAUUUUUUUUUGAUGAAACGUUUCUUUUCCAAAAGUAAGCCCGCCCAGCAAUGCUUGGCUUUGAAGUGGUUAUCCGGCUACUUCCUUGUUAGUCUGGAUUUUGGGGGAAGCCAGACGCACCUUACUGAACUCUACAGAUGGUUGGCAUAGAAACCAAGAAGGCGACUUCUCACAGAUGCAUCUCUACGGUUGUAUUUUUAGCUCCUGCGCUGUGCAAAUUAAUUUCUCUAGUAACACUUCAGGCGUUCUGCAAAAUAUUUACAAGCCGAGCUCCCACCAGCCUCUCCUCUUAGGCCCACGAACAUCCGCGCUCCCAGACGCAUGCAUGCGCCCACCCAUCCACCCGGCAGAUGCGAGCUGCCAGUGCAAAGAGGCAUGCGAGAGGGGAGAAAACGCACCAGGUUAAAAGUGCAGCGAAAUGUCACUGGGGUUUAGCGACCCCAUGGUGAGACCGCAGCCUCUGAUUGAUUUCAAAUGUGCCACUGAGAGCAGGUGUACUGGGUAUAUUAGUUGUGAUUUCCUCUCCAGCUUCCCCGAAUGUCCCCAAUCUCCAAGCAGUUUUAUGAUUUUUAGGGAGGAUGUUUAAAAAGCCAUGCGUAUGCCUCAAUGCUGGAGUACACGGCAGUAUUUUACUUUAUUUCACAAGGAAGCUGAUAAGGCACUGAUCUGUGAAGCAGGUAUGCUUUGAUGGGUUGCUUUGAUGUUCUGCUAGGGGCAGAGCAGCCUCGGCCCAGUAUACCUGAAGGAGUGUCUCCACCCCCAUCGCUCAGCCCAGACACUGAGGUCCAGCUCCGAGGGCCUUCUGGCGGUUCCCUCCCUGUGAGAAGUAAGGUUACAGGGAACCAGGCAGAGGGCCUUCUCAGUAGUGGCACCCGCCCUGUGGAAUGCCCUCCCAUCAGAUGUCAAGGAAAUAAACAACUAUAUGACUUUUAGAAGACAUCUGAAGGCAGCCCUCUUUAGGGAAGCUUUUAAUAUUUGAUGAAUUAUUGUAUUUUAAUAUUUUGCUGGAAGCCACCCAGAGUGGCUGGGGAAACCCAGCCAUUUGGGCAGGGUAUAAUUAUUAUUAUUAUUAUUAUUAUUAUGGAUUGGAAGAAUGGGGUGGAUUUGCAGGAGCUGUAUAGGCAGCAGUAUGGCAAAGUGCAUUGGCUCAGUGGUUCAUGGUUGCUCUUCCCUUCCCACCAAUGAUUUCUUAGAAUGAUUGCAUUUUUUGGGGGGGGAAAGGCUUUUUAUAUUUUAUUUUACCAGGCCCCUUGGUUGCAACAGGUGGCUUCAGGGCUCUGUUGCGGAGACAUGACUCGUCACGCUUUAUAGCAGCUCAGGAAUAAUAGGGUGUCCUGGAUGUCUUAAGUGUCUUAUUGACUCGAGCAAAUAUAAUGGCUUUCCUUGUAACCUAGCUGCCAGUCACGCAGCCCCUGGACGAAGCUUGUUUUCAUUAGCUUGCCAUAAAUCACAAAACAAAGUCAAUAUGCAUGUGUAAUAAAUAACAUUACCAAAUUGGAUUGGGGGGGGGCGCUCAGGACAGCCCAAUGGUGUGAAGAUUGUGACGCUGUAAAUUAAAACAAACACUGCCUGGUGUGUGUGUGUGUGUGUACAUACACACACACACACACACACACACACAGCCUUUUAAAUCAAACUGCAUGCUGUUCAACACAGAAAUAAUUGUGUGUUGCCUCCCUUAUCCCCAGUAAAUCCGAAAUUCAGAGGGGUUUUGACACAUUUAUAUGUUUCAUCAAUAGAUCAAAGCAGCAGUUAAUAGUAUUGCAACACUGGAACUGUGCAUUAAAUGAAAUCAAAACUUGGUGCCAAGAACACCUGAACUCUGGCACCCCUGCCCAUUAUGUGACUUACAACAAGUUUUCAUUAUGUGCUUAUUUUGCAUAAUUGUUUUCUCACGGCAGGAAAGGGUGAACUAUGAAUCUUCCUGACUGGCUGGUACGGGGUGUGGGCUGGGCUGUAAGUUCCAUUACCACGAAGAAAAAAACUUUGGCUAAAGUGUAGGUCAGGACUGGGAAACCUGUAGCUUAAAAUAGCUUUUAUUGAUAGCCACUCUCUUAACCAACUGAACUGAUCCUCUGAAAUAUUCAGUUCUGAAUUUGGUCCUGAAUUGGCUGCAUGAGAGAUGCUGGGGCUCAAGGCUUAUCUUCUAAAGUUAGGCACACUUCUGUUGUCUUGGCACUAAGAGGGAAAAAAAAGGUUUUGUAGCAAGUGUUGGAACACCCUAAGUCCGAUUAAGCAACAGAGAUAGUGAGCGCUGUGUUUUGAAAUGUUAAGCCUCUUCUUCCUGCCUUUGCUGCAAUGCCUCCUGUUCAGUUUGCAGAGGGGAUUGCACCAGAGUAGCUAUUCGUUUUAAUAAGCCCGUACAGUGGGGCUGGGGCAAGAGAGGCUUGCUCUAUGUUUCUGUUAUUAUCAACAGCAAAAAUGAAUUUGAAUUGGGAUUUUAAUAUUCUCCCCCACUUUCCCCCUUGCAAUUGACCUUUGCUAACCCAUCUUUUUCUCCUCGUGUUUCAGAUCAGAUAAAACCCUACAGGACAUAGUCUACAAGCUGGUACCAGGACUUUUCAAAGGUGUGAACAUGUUCAGAUUUUGUGGCUGUUUUUCUGUUUUGUUUUUAAGAAGUUGCUUCCGUUGGCUUUGAUGCAGUUAGAAAAAGAAGCCAUCUGAUUAUUAUAUAGGGCUGAUGAACAGUAUAUAAAUAACUGAGCAGAAUAGGGCCAAAUAUUCAACUAUAGUAUUACCUCAUUAAGUAAUACAAAUAGUCUUCGAAACUAUGGCUGUUGUGCUUUUGGUCCUAAUGCAAAUUUAAUUCUAGUUCUUUUAUUUGUUUUCCAUUCAGUCAGUGAUUUAAAAUGUACGAAUAAUUAUAUGGUAGCGUGUUGCUAAACAUGAAUGCAUUUAUUUAUUCACUGUGAUGUGUAGCCCCACCUGCAGAAUAAGUGAAAGAUAGAAAUGCUAAUAAAUGAAUUAACUGUUUCCUUUUGCCUGCAGAUGAAAUGAAGAGGCGACGUGAUUUCUACGCAGCAUACCCUCUGGCAGAUGGUAUGGCGUCUCUCAUGAAUUUCCCUCGAACAUGUCAACAGUGAUGCAUAAAAAAAAACACCCCACAAAAAAGGUGUGAUCUUUAUUUUUUCUCUGUCUCCUCCUUUCCUCUCAAUUGCUUGCUUGUCUAGUUCCUAAUGGAUCCAAUGAAGACCGGGGAGAAGUUUCGGAACAAGAGAAAGGGAACCUGACAGACGAUGAAAUUGUCAGCUUAUCCAUAGAGUUCUAUGAAGGAAUCAGGUAAUACAGAAAAAAAUAGGAGGGGAAUAAUUUCACUUAAUUUUCUUAAUUUGCCCUGGGUUGUUUUUUUUUACUACACACAUAUUUUAACAAAUUUUAUAUAUUUAUGCUUGGUUAAUGUUUUGAAAGAAUGUAUGUAUUACACUCACACACUUACGUACAGUCGUACCUUGGUUGUCGAACGAAUUCUGUUCUGGAAGUCCAUUCAACUUCCAAAAACAUUCAAAAACCAAGGCGCGGCUUCUGAUUGGCUGCAGGAGCUUCCUGUACUCAAUCGGAAGCCGUGGAAGCCACGUCAGACGUUUGGCUUCCAAAAAAAGUUCGCAAACCGGAACACUCACUUCUGGGUUAGCGGCGUUCAGGAGCCAAAACGUUCAAGUUGCAAGGCGUUCGACAACCAAGGUACGACUGUAUAUUAAUUGUAUUUGUGGUGUAACAUUAUGUUUUGGCAUUGUAUAUGUCACCAUGAGCAUUCUUACUGAAAAUGCGAUGGAUACAUAUGAUUUAAUAAUAAACAAGUCUAGGCCUGUGCAGGGAACAAUCAAAGUUUUCAUAAUGUGAUACUGCUUUUCAUUUGCCUGCUUGUUUGUUUGUUACAUCAUACAAUAAGAAGGAUGUGGCCAGGACAAAGAGAAGGAAACUUUGUUAUUGAAAGACAGUAUAGGAACCAUAUGUGUGUGCAUGUAUGUACAGUGGUACCUUGGGUUAAGUACUUAAUUCGUUCCGGAGGUCCGUACUUAACCUGAAACUGUUCUGAAACUGAAGCACCACUAAUGGGACCUCCUGCUGCUGCCACGCUGCCACCGCGCGAUUUCUGUUCUCAUCCUGAAGCAAAGUUCUUAACCCGAGGUACUAUUUCUGGGUUAGCGGAAUCUGUAACCUGAAGCGUAUGUAACCUGAAGCGUAUGUAACCCGAGGUACCACUGUAUUAUAAUCUCCCAGGGUAGAUGCAGUCUAUCUGCAUUAUACUACUGUUGAACGAUAUUGCUGAUGAAAACAUGAUUUUAAUAAGCUGCGCAACAGAGAUCAAGUGCAAACGCACAUCGCAGUAGAGGUGUGCAUCUGAUUUGCCCCGCACCCACCAGGAGACAGAAUCACCUUUGUGGCUUAAAGGUCUUGUUGGGUGAGGUUAGGCUUAGGGAACAUGUGCUGCAAAUUAAUUAUUUUAUUCCCUUACAUCCUACACUUCUGUAUUGCUCAGUCAGUGUUGUUCUUUGGACAGUUUACAAUGAAGGCUAAGACCACAAUACAAUGGUACCUUGGUUUUUGAACAGAAUGUGUUCCAGGAGUCCCUUUGACUCCCGGAACCAUUUGAAAACCAAAGUGUGGCUUCCCAACUGGCUGCAGGAGACGUUUGGGUUCUAAAAAUUGUUCGAAAACCUGAAAACUCACUUCUGGGUUUCGAUAGCUUGGUAGCUGAUUUGUUCAGGUGCCAAAGUGUUCGGCUUCCAAGGUACGACUGUACAGAACAAUACCUAUCACAGAAUAAUAAUAAAAAGAGCACUAUGAAAACAAAAGAAAAACAGCAACAGAGAAUAAACAGUGCAGAAGACCUAAGGAGCUCAAACACUUUUUAAAGUCUCAGUGGUACAGAAUCUUGGUGGGGACUGACAGCAGAGCAGGAAAGGGGACAGAGGGAGGAAGAGAGACACAGAGAUAAAACAGAAGGAACCAUCUUGUUGUCUGGAGAGGUUCUUUUCUGUUUCGUUCUGAGAAGUUAUUGUAAAAUAUUCCUGGAGAAAGAGGUCAAACGUACCCCUAGAAAUCACUGGAGAACUCCAAGAUUUUUUAAAAUGUGGCUGGUACUAGCGUGUCCAUCCCAUUUCCCCACAACCUGACCUCUUCAAAUAUUAGCAGAAAGAGAAGAAGUCUUGCUCUUUCUGAGUUCUAGUUUGGUGUGAAGCAACAUUUUAAAAUGAACACCCUACCAAUACAAAUUCCAAAGCAGGCUGGAAGUGAUUGUUGAUGGGAAAGUAUCCUAAUCCAACCAUAUCUGGAGCGGUGCCACGCAGGUGUGCUCAAGUUGCGCUGCCAAGCUGCUCACCUGACCACGGCACUGCAGAAGCAGUGGGUGAGGUUGGGGUUGUGUGGGUGCAACAGCAAAGCCAAUCUGGAGCCCAGGUAAGUUGCAGCAACACUGCUGACAGGAGGAUAGCUCUGCCCCACUCUACUGGCUGCUCCUGGGACCUUGCUUUUGAUUGUGAUCUUCCACAUAUGGCUGAAGUGUGCAGAAAUAACCAGAGUUCUGGACCCACAGAGGCCUGGAUAAACUGGUCCGUCCUCUUGUGUGUGUGUGUUUCAUUAAUUCCCCCUAUUUCUCUCUCUCAGAGAAGAAAACAAAGGGACUGUUGAGAAUGGGAACACAGAGAAAGACAAGGUGAGCUAUGUAGCUUCUGCCCUUGAAUAAUGCUUUAGAAAGGUGGGAGAAUCCCAUGUCCCCUGCAUGCCCUCAAAUUACUGAAUUCAUAAAAUAAGAGGUUCAGGGGCUGCCUGGAAGCCAUGUCCUCUGAGCUGGGAUCCCAGCGUUGUUCCAUAGGUGGUGAUCUCUAAAGUGAGAGGUGCAGGGGCUCAAGGUGGUCGUCCUCCAACCGGGAGGCCCUUUCCAUUAAUAUUUCAUAUUUAGGAACCAAUCGCAAGGCACCCCAAUCUUAAUUAGGAUUUUUAUGUCCUCUGGACGUAAAUCAUGAUGAAUCAAGUUAGCGCUCAAUACCUCAAAAGCCCCCUACACUGCCUUCUCUUGCUUCCCACCUCCAACCUUUCCCCUCAAUUUGGCUUUCAAUUUUUCUUUUCUAUUUAGUCCAUCUUACUUUCCUGCCUGCUUUCACCGUUGCUGUGUCCCUUUCCCUGUUUCUGUGGCUGUGCUAGGAUAUACUCCAACUUUCUCCUUUCCUCUUUUUAAAUUUCGGAUUCUGUUUCCCCCCCCCCCCACAGAUGUUGUGCUUUCCCUCCCCCCUCCAACGGUAUAUAGAUUGCAAGGGUGUCCUUUGCCUGUGACCUCUGACCCUUCCCGGACUCCUCCCCCUGCCCCCUUCCCCGGUAUCCUUGCCUUUUGGCAGAUUUACAGCUGCUUCAAUACAUAUUUCAACGACUCUGCCUGCUCCAGCUGCCUAGCCCUCUCCCAAUAAAACCUUUUCUCUCACUUUCUCUCUCUCCCUCCCCUCCCUCCCUCGCUUUCUCUCUCAUAUUCCUCCCUAGAAGAACAGCAUGAGAUUCCUCCGUUGCCCUGCCGCUAUGACGAUCAUGCACCUGGCUAAGUUCCUCCGCAACAAGAUGGAUGUUCCCAGCAAAUACAAAGUGAGUUGCUAUCAAAUGCUAUCACACUUUCCCCGGGCCAAGGUUGAUGCUGCAUGUUCAAAACUAUUUGCACAUCAAGGAAGCUCCAGUUCCACACUCAUUAUAAAAUAAGCAAACAGCAAAAUGUGCAAACAGCGAUUUAAGUGUGCAUGCUUUCUCCCUGCCGAAGAACUGGCUUCGCUCUGAAGGCCUAUAUAGUUUUUUUUAGCAGCAGAGAUUUGCCAAAUUCCAAACCCAAACAAACUGUGCAGAUUGAGAAAACAUGUCUCUGUUUGCUUGCUCUGCGUAAUUUAGUUUACUUCUAGUUAGGGGAAGGGACAUAUGCUUUCAAACUUUCUUUACUGCUUAAGGGCUAGAAAAUUACUUCUUUAAAAAACAGCAACAAAGAUGAAGAUGUUCAGGAGACUUUGGACCUGUAAAAGGGUAAAAGAGUAUAUAAAAGAGUAUAUAAUCUAUAAUGAAAUUAAAUAAAUGUUUGAAAGUACUUUUCAAAAAAGGGAAAAACAAAACAAAACAAAAACAGAGUCCUUUUUGUUGGGGAUAAUUCAGACAGAAAUUCCCAGGUGUCAAAAAAAGGUUAUUUAUGUAUGCCACUACUGCGGCCCGUGUUUUGUUAGCCUCCAAAUGGAAAAUGAGCGAGGUCCCAAGCAAAGAAGAAUGGCAACUUAAACUGAUUGAAUAUGUGCAGCUUGCAGACCUAAUACAUAGAAUAAGAGAACAAGAAGAACAUAUGUUUAAAGAAGAAUGGCAGCAUUAAGAUAAAUUCAACAGUGUAAAUAAGUUUUGAUUGAUGUAAUAAUGGAAUACAAGAUUGGUAUAGUUUUUGUAAAAUAUGCAGGGAUUUAUGAUAUGCAGAAUGAACCAUGGAUAGAGAAGAGAAGUCACUGCUAUUUUAAGAUUGUUUAAAAGAGUAUUCUAAAUUGCAAAACAGAAAAUCUAAUAAAAGUGUGUGUGUGUGUGUGUGUGUGUGUGUGUGUAUAUAUAUAUAUAUAUAUGUGAGAAAGAUGCUCAGGAGACUUAAAUCUGUGCCCAGUACUUAUUCAUCUGUGCCUGCCAUGUAACUCAGAAUUUCUUUACUUGUGUUAUUAAAUCUGUUAGGUGGAAGUUCUCUAUGAAGAUGAACCUCUGAAAGAAUACUAUACCCUAAUGGACAUAACUUAUAUCUAUCCUUGGCGACGGGUAAGUGCGUAGAGAGAAGCGACCCCUAAGGGUGAUCUAGCCCAACUUCCUGCAAUGCAGGAAUCUCAACUAGAUCAUAAAUGACAGAUGGCCAUAGGAAGCUGUCUUGUCCUGAGUCAGACCGUUGGUUCAUUUAGUUCAGUGUUGUCAGCACUGACAUAGCAACAUCUCCAGUGAAAGACUCUUGUCCGAAACCCCCGAGAGCCGCUGUACCUUCGUAUAGACCAGUGUUACCCAAACAUGGGUCUCCAGCUGUUUUUGGACUACAACUCCCAUCAUCCUUAGCUAGCAGGACCAGUGGUCAGGGAUGAUGGGUAUUGUAGUCCAGCUUGGGAAACCCUGGUACAGACUGAGCAAGAUGGACCAACAGCUUCAUUCAUGGUAAGGCAGCAUUCCGUAGAUUCAUAAGAGACAAAUAAAAGCAGAGGAAAUUUGAGUUGUGACCCAAGUUGGCUCAAGGUCUGAGACAGAACUCAUUUGAGAACGAGGAGCAAGUGUAUCUUCCAUUCAGAACCCACCAAGUGGGAUGGAAGGGUACGUCUUGUUUGUUACAUCUGAAAACAACAAUGAAAACAAAUGCCAAAUUAGCAUUUGGGAUUUAGGAUGGGGGUGGCACCGUCGGUUAAACCACAGAGCCUAGGACUUGCCGAUCAGAAGGUCGGCGGUACGAAUCCCCGCAAUGGGGUGAGCUCCCGUUGCUCGGUCCCUGCUCCUGCCACCCUAGCAGUUCGAAAGCACGUCAAAGUGCAAGUAGAUAAAUUGGUACCGCUCUGGCGGGAAGGUAAACGGCGUUUCCGUGCGCUGCUCUGGUUCGCCAGAAGUGGCUUAGUCAUGCUGGCCACAUGACCCGGAAGCUGUACACCGGCUCCCUCGGCCAAGAAAGCGAGAUGAGCGCCACAACCCCAGAGUCAGCCACGACUGGACCUAAUGGUCAGGGGUCCCUUUACCUUUAAGAAUUGAAAAUGUUACGUUGGCCCUCAUAUCUGGAGGAAGAAGUUAGAGCAGAGGAAAGGAAAUAGUCUUUUUAAAAAAAAUGUUAUUAAGGUUUAUAGAGAAAAGAAUAAAACUUAAUAUCUUUUCCCUUUUUUUAACCAACCAAGACUUUUAUAUAGAUACAAUAAAAACACAAAAAGGCGUGGGGGAGGGGGAGGAGGAGAGAGGAAAUAGAGAAGUAAAAAAUAAAUAACGUCCAAUUCUUCAUCUGUCCGCUAUAUGAAAACAAUAAUCACUUCGUCCAAUCCAAUCUAACACUUGACAAAGCCACUUUCUAUAAUCAAACAUUAUCUUCAGUCCUCAAAUCCAGGUGCUAUUAUUUCAUUUUCUUUUUUACGCAGAAAGUCUAUGAGAGGUUUCCAAUCUUUUAUUUUUAUUUUUUAGACAUCUUUAUUGAACAAGUUCAAAAAGUACAUAAUUAUAUGUGUGCUGAGCAUGAUGAGACACAAAUAAAAAAGAGAAAAAGAGAAAGAGAAAUAGCACCCGUGUAGAAGGGAAAAUAGUGGGGGGACGGGGGAAAAACCCCAAAACUUUAUGCUUUCUAAAGUUGUUAUUGUACUUUACCAAAUCUUAACCUAUUACAGUAUUUGCAAGAAUGGAUUCCACAUAUCAUUGAAUUGGUCCAUGGCAAGUCUGCAUUUAUAUGCAAGUUGUUCAUAUGUUGCGAGUUUGUAUAAGACUUCAAUCUUUAACAAAUAUUAACAAUGACCUUUCUCUGGUAAAACAUGCCAGUUUUGCCCUCUCGGCUAAGUCCCUGUUAGUUUUAACAGCCAUUUUAUCAUCAAUGUGUCCUUCUGUCUUGGUGUAUAUAAAAAGGGGGGUUUAAAAGGGGAGUAAAAUGGUUGCAGGUGGGACGUGGGUGGUGCUGUGGGUUAAACCACAAAGCCUAGGACUUGCCAAUCAGAAGGUCGGUGGUUCGAAUCCUCGCGACGGGGUGAGCUCCUGUUGCUCAGUCCCUGCUCCUGCCAACCUAGCAAUUCGAAAGCACGUCAAAGUGCAGGUAGAUAAAUAGGUACUGCUCCGGCGGGAAGGUAAACGUUGUUUCCAUGCGCUGCUCUGGUUUGCCAGAAGCGGCUUCAUCAUGCUGGCCACAUGACCCGGAAGCUGUACGCCGGCUCCCUCGGCCAAGAAAGCGAGAUGAGCGCCACAACCCCAGAGUCGGUCACGAUUGGACCUAAUGGUCAGGUGUCCCUUUACCUUUUAAAAUGGUUGCAGCCAAGCUGUGAAGAAGAUGAAAUGUUACGUCUAUGCUCUCCCUCUGCAGAAUGGCCCUCUCCCUCUGAAAUACCGUGUCCAGCCGGCCUGCAAGAGGCUAAAACUCUCCUCCCAGCUCCCCAACUCCGAAUGCACCAAUACCAGCGGCGCGUCAGAGUGCGAGUCCGUCAGCGACAAGGCAAACAGCCCGGCCACCUUGCCGGCCACCACUUCCUCUUCGUUGCCAAGCCCUGCCACCCCUUCCCACGGCUCGCCCAGCUCCAACACCACCACGGUGAGCAUCCCCGCCAACCCUGCGCCCGGGACCAUGCUCAACGGCACUUCGAACUGCCACCAGAUGCAACCCUUGGCCAGCAGGGGGCGCAAGGCAAUGGUAAAUGGCGGCCCCACCAUGUCGGCUUUGACUUAAAGGGACGGGACACCUUUUUCUUUUUCUUCCCUUCUCCUUCUUGGCUGGAUCUCGCGUUUUAUAAAUAAGUAUAUUAUGUGUAGAUAAGGGCAGUGGAGGGGUGGGGUGGGUGGUGGGUGGGGAAAUUAUACAUACUUAUUUUCUAUCAAUCGACCUGAUUUAAUUUAAGAAGAAAAAAAGGCAAAAAGACAAAAAACCCCCGAUGUGUCCUCCCCCUUUUUUAAUUUUUAAAAAAGAAAAAAAAGUGCUCCUGUAACUGCAUGAUGUCAUCUGUGUUAAAGCGGCAGCCCCUUCCUGUUAAAAAACUCUUUUUUAUUUGUGCCCUCUGUUUGUAGUCAGAUUUAAUGCACAGUCCCCGAGAGAGAAAAACGCACAGUUCUGAAUCAAGCAGGCUUCCUGUCUUAGAAGCACACGUGGCUUUCUCAUGCUUUCUUCGUCCUUUGACUUAUGCACCGUCACGGAAUCUGGUUCCCUCCCAGUGUUUCUGGACUUCAACUCCCAUGAGCCCUAACCAGCACAGGCUGAGGGAAAGGGACAAUGGGAGUUGUAGUCCAACAGUAUUUAGAGGGCGCCAAGUUGAGGAAGGCAGGAUGCCUUCCACCUUCGGCACCCUUGCUGUCUCCACCUACGCUUCCUUUCAGCGCCCCCCCCCCCGGCCACACAAGCGCAAUGCCUUUAAAGAUGUGCGGAACCUUUGGCUCUCCGUGUGUCGCUGAAACAUAACUCCCAUCCGCCGCAUCAAGCAUGGCCAAUGGCCAGAGGCGACAGGAGUUCAUCUGGAGGGCCAAGGAUUCCUCUCACCUGCUUGAAAGCACAUCCGAAGCACAUUCCCCCACCCUCUCAAAGAAUUCUGUAGUUCGUUAAGGGUUGCUGGGAGCUAACUCUGAGUGGCUAACUGCAGUGCUCAGAAUUCCUGGAGGGAAAUAAUGUGCUUUGAGCGUGCUUUAGAGGUGUAGGGUGUACACAGCUUUAGCCUCAUAUUCCCUCAUCUAUACCUCCCGUGGUCUCCUGCAGAGCCGAGAUGCAGCUAUAAAGCCUGAAGGAGAGGUCUGGACAGCUGCACACAUCAGAAGGGUUGACGCCGCCAGUCUCCUUCCUUUAAUGAUGCAAAAGGCCAACAGCCACUGCUGGUUUGCAAGCAACCUGUGACAAAACAUGGCACCUAGGAACAGAGGGGCAGCUGAGAUAGGGCUGAGGACCAGAAGCUCAGCCUCACAAGGUUCAGGGUCUGAAGGUGGGCCGUGGGCCAUUGGUGGAAGGGCAGGUUCUGUGAAAUGCAAUGCGAAUUCUCUCACACACAGGGACCCAGGCUAGCGUGGCACCCUGAGCAUCACAAGCAAGGCCACAAGCAAGGCCUGCCAAGAUGUCUUGCUGUUUUGUUAGUCGCUGGGGCCGCUUCUUCUGUCUGUGUUUCAAACCCAACACAUGGACUGGGAUGUCCUCGGAGCAGCGAGUUCCGCACAUAUGCCCGCAGUAGUGCAAUGUUGCAGGUGGCAACUGUCGUGGGUGGCUCUGUGGUCUAAAACACUGAGCCGCUUGGGCUUGCCGAUCGGAAGGUUGGCGGUUCGAAUUCCUGCGACGGAGUGAGCUUCCAUUGCUCUGCUCCAGCUCCUGCCAACCUAGCAGUUCAAAAGCAUGCCAGUGCAAGUAAAUAAAUAGGUACCACUGCAGCAGGAAGAUAGGCAGUGUUUCUGUGCGCUCUGGUUUCCGUCACGGUGUCCUGUUGCGCCAGAAGCGGUUUAGUCCUGCUGGCCACAUGAUCCGAAAAGCUGUCUGUGGACAAACGCCGGCUCCCUCGGCCAGAAAGCAAGAUGAGCGCCGCAACCCCAUAGUCGCCUUUGACUGGACUUAACCGUCCAGGGGUCCUUUACCUUUUUACCUUUAAUGUUGCAUCUGGUGAGGCCAACCACUACUGGCAUCACAUCCCCAAAACCCAUCCAGGUGUGGCAUCGCCAGUGAAGCUGUUACAGUGGACAUAGUGCCUUGUGCUUAACCUGGCUUCCUCCUGGUCAGUCCUCCAGACAUUUUGAACCAUGACUCCUUCCACUCCCACCCCAGCCAGUAUCAAUUCUGUUCCUUUGUGCCAGACGUCUCUGCCUGUCUCUCAGGAGGACUCAUCUUCACUUCUGUUUCCAACCACUUCAGCCGUCCUGCCAACAGACCUGGGAUUUUUUUGGGGGGGGGUUAUGGAGAGGGCAUUUUCUUAGGACAAAUUCACACCACCUAUUUCAUGCAUGUUUAAAGCACACAGCUCCCCGCCCCACCCCAAGAAUCCUGGAAACUGCAGUUUUCUUGAGUGCGCUGGGAAUCGGAGCACCUAUCAGGUAAAAAAAGUAAAGGACCCCUGGACGGUUAAGUCCAGUCAAAGGCAACUAUGGCGUUGCGGAGCCUCUUGGGCAUGCUGAUCAGAAGGUUGGUGCUUAGGAUCCCUGCCACAGGCUGAGCUCCUGUUUCUCAGGCUGAGCUCCUGUUGCUCAGUCCAAAAGCAUGCCAGUGCAAGUAGAUAAAUAGGUACGGCUGUGGCGGGAAGGUAAACUAUGUUUCCCUGUGCUCUGGUUUCCGUCACGGUGUCCCGUUGCACUGGAAGUGGUUUAGCCAUGCUGGCCACAUGACCCAAAAAGCUGUCCGUGGACAAACGCCGGCUCCCUCGGCCUGAAAGCGAGGUGAGCGCCACAACCCCAUAGUCGCCUUUGACUGGACUUAACCGUCCAGGGGUCCUUUACCUUUGACUCUUACACCUAUCAUUUGUAGGGUUUUUGAGGGGAUGUCAUGCGCUUUAACGGCAUAAGGUUGUAUCUGACGCUAGCCCUGCUCAGAGCAGAAACAUUGAAUGAAGCUAAUGGACAGGAUUUCACUUGAUUCAUUGGGUUUUCUCUGAACAGGACUUAGUUGAAUACACCCCUCCGUGUGGAUGUGUCAUUAGAGAUAGCUACUGGCCAUUUACUGGCCUACAGUUCUCAGGGCUUGAAGUCGUAGAAGACAGAAGUGGAGCCCUCCAUAUUCAGAGGUAGUAUACUGGGGAAGAAUGAGCAGAGCAUUUUCACACCCAGGAUGUGAACCGCCCAGGGACAUUGGCUGGCCAUGAUCAAGAGCAGGGGUGGCGAACAACCUGCAGUGACCUGGUGUAUGACUCCUGACUCCCAUGAACCCCAGUCAGCAUGGCCUGCAGUGAAGGAUGAUGGGAGUUGCAGACCAGCUGGUUCACCUCCACUGGUCAAAAGACAGAUGGUUACGUGAGGCGGGUUCUUCUCCAAAAACCAGCUUGCGCACACUUAAUGAUUUCUUGGCUGGUAGCAAUGACAGUUGGAAACAGUUUAGAUUUGCGGUGUUGAUCUGGCCCACGUGUGUGCUUUCAGGGAGUAGCAGUAACUUUGGAACCAGGAGUCCAUAAAACUUGGUCACGGAAACUUCUACCCAUCUUGGAGGCUGGGAGCAUGCAUACCUUGAGUUCGUGA